GUCAUAUUUGUCAAUAUUUUGGUGUGUUUUAUAGGUUGGAAUUCCCAUUUCUUCAAAUUUAGUUUGCUUAAAUUUUAUCUUUUAUUCGAGAUAUGGAAAAUUGAAAACACAAUUAUGAUUUUAUAGAUUAUCGUAACAUUUAAAUCUAAAAAUUAUGGCUGUGCCGUACGUAUUACAAAUACAAGAGGACGUUAAAAAUGUGCAUAUAACAACUUUAAAUGAUCGCUUAGAAGAUGAAACUACCCAAAUAACAUAUUUACCACAAAUAAAAGAGGAGUUACAUAAUAUGCAUUUAACUGAUAAAACAACUUGCAUUACUUACCUACCAAAUGUUAGCACUGAUUUACAAAUACCAAUGCCACUUCUGACUCCUUUAAAAGUGAAUGGUCAAAAUAUUGUGAAAUUUCAAAUACAAAAUAGUGCAGAAUCUCACCGUAACUACGUAUAUCAAGUUGUUAAUCCAAAGCAAUUGAACCCACAGCCGAUAGAAAAAUUGAAAAAAGGUAGAAAGAAGAAGAAAAUUGAAGAACCGCAAGAACAGAAAAAAGAACCGGCAAAAGUUCUGAAACCUGCUACCAGGACUAGAUCUGGUAGAGUUGUGAGAUUUCCAAAACACAUAGAAAAGGACUUUAAAAAAGUAGAAAUCAAAGAAUCCAAAAAGAGCAAUCUUGAAGGCGACGUCGAAAUCGAAACGUCGGAUUUUACACAGUUUAAAGAAGAACCAGUGACGAAAUGUACCAACAUGCAACAAUUGGACGUCCAUCAACGUCCCAGGAGAAUAGCGGCUCAAUACCGUUGCCCGAAGUGUUUGAAAGCUUAUAUGGGCAAAACGAAAAUGAUACAACACAUAAAAAAAUAUCCCGAUCACGGACCGUUGCCGCAAAAAGAAAACAGUAGCGUUAAUUUCGAGGUGUGGAAUUACUUAGUGGAUAUUACUCAAAAAUGUUCGACAGCACAGCGGGGUAUCAAAUUUUGUGAAGAGUUAACCAAUUUGCUGCAUAACGUUUUAUUAUUAACCAGUGCUCUUUUUAAAAAAGUGGAAGAGAACAAAAAUUUCGUCGAAGUAGACAAAGUUUUAGGAAACGCUAUUGGCUUAACUCCUGGAUUCUACACUUUCAAUGACAGUGAAUUAUAUAAAGACGUGACUGUUUUAAAGCUAAUCACUACUACGGACUUUUUCAAACCAGUACAUUUAUCGAAUACAGGUAAAGAUAAAAUCGAAAGUUCAGUAGUGGAGACACAAACUAGUGCUGUGAAAAAGGAAAUCAACAUACACAGUGAAACGAAAAAUAAUGUGUACUUCAAUUCCCAGGAGGAUUUAAGAAAAUCCCCCGCGCCUCGUAUUAAUUUAGACUUGGAAGAUAUGAAAGAGAAAAUAAUUCCCAUGGAAUCAGAUCCGGCGCCUACGGGGGAUAAAGCGACAAAAGAUGGCGUGGAUAAUAUAUCGAAAAGUUUGGAAGACGUUUACUUUACGGCCGAGGACGAUUUGAGGAAACCACAGACUUUUUGUAUACCGGAAAUGGAACAUAAAAUUAAUACUAAUUUAGAAGAUAAAGACGAAAUAACUCAAAUCGAUUCCGAAUUAUUGUCCGAUCAUUCUCUGUUGCAUUUGUCGAAUAUUCGGAGUACCGUUGAUGAUUUAAUGCUAACUACUGUCGAUCCCGGCGGGACUCUUCUGGAUAAUUUGACUAAUUCCGAUGAAGUCAUGAAUGUCGAUCAAUUCGUUAACGAGAGAUUCAAAAAAAUUACCGAACCUGAUAUGGAAUUAACGACGCCAUCGUUGAAUUUAGAAUUACCCGGUUUGGAUUUGUUCCAGUUUCACACCACGUAAUAAUUUUUUUUUCUUAUAUACGUUUUUAUAAAAUUGUACAUUAAUUUAAGAAUAAUCAUUUGGAAAUUAAAAUUAGACUGAUUGAAUAA